AGUUUGUAGCCCCACACAUCAACCUCAAAGUCCUUAAUAUUAACACGACAAAACACAUAAUAAUAGUAGUUUCUUGCAAUUACUUGCAUAAAAAAUUGUUCUGGUAACACUUUUCUCACACACAGAACAUGUUUGUCCUAGAAAAUGGUGCGAAGAAGAAGGGGGAAGACCCAAGGCUUCAAGCAAUCUCCCAAGCCAUCAGAGUGGUGCCUCACUUCCCCAAACAAGGAAUAAUGUUUCAAGACAUAACAACAUUGCUGUUGGAUCACAGCGCGUUUAAAGACGUGGUUGACAUUUUUGUUGAUCGUUACAGAGACAUGGAUAUUUCUGUUGUUGCCGGAGUUGAAGCCAGGGGAUUCAUUUUUGGUUCCUCAAUUGCGUUAGGCAUUGGUGCCAAGUUUGUUCCUUUAUGCAAACCUGGAAAGCUACCAGGUGAAGUAAUUUCAGAAAAAUAUGUUCUAGAAUAUGGAACUGAUUGCUUGGAGAUGCAUGUUGGCGCUGUCCAACACAAUGAACGGGUCAUAAUUAUCGAUGAUUUGGUGGCUACAGAACGUGCUGAUGCUGAAGUAGUGGAGUGUGCUUGUGUGAUUGGUCUCUCUGAUCUCAAGUCCAAGUUCUUCACCAAAAAUAAUAAAACAGAUAAAGGUACGCAGCAAACUUAAUGGAAAGCCACUUUAUAUCCUUGUGGAGCCACGUCAAGUAGAAAAUGGUUUUUGAGGUUGAAAUUCAAAUUGUACACUACACAUGAAGAAAUGGUUGCAUAUAAAUGACCCUUUGGAGAACUCUACAAUUGUAUUUUGUUUGGAGUCUCACAAUGAGAACACUCAAGAUUUCAAACAUCCUUACCCAAUGGAGGCACCAUUUUGCUAAUUUAGAGACAUUUUAAUAUGUCGUGUGAGUAUAUAUAUAUAUAUAAGAUUAUACUUC